AUGUCGAUAUUCCUGCUGCACACUCCAGCAUGUGCUCCGGAUGCUGGAUUCGUCGACCUCCCUCGACCUGAGAGCCCCCCGACCACAGAUCCCUAUGAGGUGGAAACCUUGCUCCAUUGUCAGCAGCCGGAGGAGUGCGACCGGUGCGCUCGCAAGAAGAGGAGGACCUUCGACGCCUACCCCCAACAGCCAUACCCUGAGAUUUUGAUCCGCCGGUUUCCCGACAAGAAGGGCUACAAGCGCAUUGUUGCCCUCGUCUUACAUUUCUCGUGUUGUGCGCGAUCCCGUAGAAGAUAUCAACUAAUCACUCGUUAUCGUUACCACAAACAGAAGAAACCGUAUUCCGCCAUCUCGGUCCACGUCGAGCAAUUGACCUCGGAAACUUACGACGAAGACGAUCUUGCCGGUGUACCUGACCUGCUCGAGGUCGUCAAGCUACAGGGUACGGGUUCGCAGGAGGUCGCUCGAGCCUUGAGGAAGAAGUUGAAAUAUGGCAAUGUACACCGGCAACUCCGGGCUCUCACAAUUCUUGAUGGCCUUCUACAAAAUGGCGGCACAAGAGUGCAGCGAGCGUUGUUGUCUGACGGUCCUUUGUUGGAACGACUCCGAAUAGCUGCAGCAGACCCUACUUCCGACCAUGAUGUCCGUGCCAAAUGCAAAGACCUCUUCGGACAGUGGGUUGCGAGCUCGAAAGACAAUCCAGGCUUGGAAGGAGCCAAAUCUCUCUACAAUACAUUGCCCCGCACACAUCAGCCCGUUCAGCAACGGCGCGAGCAGAGCAGGGUCCUCCGGGAAACAGAAGAGGAAGUUGCCCGAGAGCAAGAGAUGGAGAUUGCAAGAACGAGGUCGGAUAGCACUCAACGAUCCGGCGAGCCGUCCAGCCCUACGACGCUACGCAAGCACCCUUCUCCUGUCGCUUUGGGAGAGUCGUCCACCUUUGCACCCAAGAAGGUCAAGAAGCACAAGAAAAGCAAGCAAGCCAAGGGAGGGUUCAACUUGGAGAAAGAAAAACCCAACAUCUUGCAAUCGAUCGCGGCAUCGUCGGUUGCCUCUACUGGUUUGACCAAUGCCUUGAGGUUGGUCAACCGCGAGUCCCAGCGCGUGUCCGACAACCCUGAGGUGAUGAAACGCUUCGAAACCUGCAAGCAGCUCCGACGUCAGAUUCUACGAUACAUCCAAUUCGUGGAGACGGAGGAGUUCUUGGGCGGUUUGAUCCAUGCCAACGAAGAGCUGGUCAAUGCUCUGAUGGCGUUUGAAGUUCUCGACAAGUCCGUCGAUGACGACUCAGAUAGUGAGCUUGAAGAAGCACAACAUCUCAGUCGACAGGCAGCCAAAAGCGAGGCAUCUGCUGCGAGAGAGGCGGAGAAGAUGGUUGCCGGACUCAGCAUCUCUGCUCCGCCCAAACCUCCGCGGCCAGCUCCUGCCAACAUUGCGAUGCCCCCACCCCGGCCGUCGUCCAAUUCCAAGAAUUGGAGGACGAAGCAAAUCGAAAGUGACAGCGAGAGCGAGACGGACGUCGAGGACGACUCGGAUGACCCUUUUGCUGAUAAGAACGCCAUGAAGACCCCCGACCCUGACGCCCUGGGCAGAAAGGGGUACAGCUGGAAGGAAGUAUAG